GCGAUGCUGGCGGCGGAGCUGGCGGGGCGCGCGCGAGCCCUCGUGGGGCGGGCGGGGCCGCGCGCCAUGGUGGCUGGCCUGGGCAACUAUGGGAUGCGGGGCACACGGCACAGCGUGGGCAUGGAGGUGCUGGACCGGAUGGCCCGGCAGCUGGCGGUGGCCGAGGGUUGGCGAGUGGACAGACGGUGCUGUGCUGAUGUGGCCCUGGCCCAAGCCCAGGGUCUGGAGCUGGUGCUGCUCAAACCACGGAGGUUCAUGAACCUCAAUGGGCUCAGYGUCGCCAGUGCUGCUGAGAUCUACAGCCUUGGCCCAGAAGACAUUUACCUGGUUCACGAUGACCUGGACAAGGCCCUGGGCAAAGUGGCAAUCAAACUGGGAGGCAGCGCAAGGGGACACAACGGGGUCCAAUCCUGCAUCAGUGCUUUGCACUCCAACGAGAUGACCCGGCUUAGGGUCGGCAUCGGGCGACCAGAGGGUGAUGUGAYGGUGCCUGACUAUGUCCUGUCUCCGUUCAGUGCUGGGGAGCGGGAGAAGCUUGAGCAGAUCCUGGCCCAGGCAGUGACCUGCCUCUUGGAGCACAUCCAGAGCCGAGUGCCUGCAGAGCCAGGGGACAGGGGCUGACACAAAUYACUGAUCACACACCCUUGUGGCUGAUGGCCAGAGUGCUGUGGGCUCUCYGGAGUGACCAUGGUGCAGAGCAGAGGUAGCUGUUCCGGACAGCCUGGCUGGGUGCUGGGGCAGCCUCCUUCCAUCCCCACACCAAUCCAGGCAGCUCGUGUCCCACUCAGAUCUCUGCAGAGGCUCCAYACCUCAGUUAACACAGAAAUGAAAUAAACUUUCACCCUGACUGCCCUGCUCCUGCCUGUCU